AUGCGAACCACUCCACCACUCCCCCUCCCCCUCCUCCUCCUCCUCCUCCUCACCGCCCUCUCGUCCGCCACCUCCCCCACCACCGGCGCGGCCCCAACAGCCGCCGCCGCGACCACCUCACCAACCCCCCCAGGCGCGGCGGGCCCAUCAGCACCGGACGGCGCCGCGGUGGUGACGGGGUACUCGGGCGCGGACGGGGCGGCGGCGGCGCGGUUCGUGCAGACGACGUACUGGGCUUGCGUGACGCGGGGCACGUACUCGCACUGCGGGUGGCACCGGCCGAUACUGGAUGCGGGCGGGGCAGCGGCGGCUGCUGGAGGGAGGGGGGGAGGGGUGGGGGCCAGGGCGGGCUUGGUUGCUGCUGUGGCUGCUGUUGCUGGUUUGGUGGGGUUGUUGGGGUGA